CAUACCCACAUUACACAAAUGGCAUUACCGUAAUUCCACCUUGCUUCACUUUUACCUUAUUCCUCCUUCCCAAAGUCACAUUUCAUUCAUCUUUAACGUCAAAAACAAGCAACUCCUCUCACUGCAACUUUUACCCUUUUUACGAUUCCACCCUCAACCACUGCUCUCUCACUGCAAAACCAUUUUCAAAUAAAGGGUACUUUUGUGAUUUCGAUGUUAUAAAGAGAGAGAGAAGAAGCAGAAGAGAGAAGGUAUAAGCAGCCGUUUUUUCUGUUGGUAUAUGAAGGUGGUGAACAAAGAAGAACAAGAAUGGUGUCCGACCAGGAUAUAGCUAAAGGGGUCGAGUCUCUACUGCGUCACUCUGACCCCAACUCCAUAACCACUGUAAACGCCGUCGUACAGCAGCUCGAGGCUAAGCUAGGGUUAGACCUCUCUCACAAGGCCGCUUUCAUCCGCGACCAGAUCGACCUUCUUCUCCGCUCUCACCCACCGCGUGCAUUUCUUCCUCACCCUCCUCCUCCUCUGCACAAAGACUACUUCGCCCCUCUCCCCCAACACCACUUCCCAACCACUCACUUUCCUUCCCAUUUUGCCCUCCAUGACGAGAUCAACUUCCAGCACCCCAACCCUCCUCCGCCCUCCAAAGUUGAUUCCUUUCCUGAAAAUGCUGCCACUGUUGCCUCACCUCAAGCGCCCAAAGUAAGUGUUCAAACUGGAGGCAAAAGAAGAGGUGGUGCUGGUGGUCUAAACAAAGUUUGUGGUGUUUCUCCUGAGCUUCAGGCAGUUGUUGGUGAGCCUGCAUUGCCAAGAACUGAGAUUGUGAGGCAGCUUUGGGCAUAUAUAAAGAAAAACAACCUCCAGGAUCCUGGUAACAAAAGGAAGAUAAUAUGUGAUGAUGCACUGCGUUUGGUAUUUGAGACAGACUGCACUGACAUGUUCAAGAUGAAUCAGUUGCUAGCUAAACACAUUAUCCCACUUGGUCCCUCAAAGCAGUCACAAGCUAAGCGAGUGAAGGUGGACGUUGAAACUAAAAUUGAAUGUGCUGAACCUGCUUCAUCCACCGUCGUGAUAUCUGAAGCACUUGCCAAAUUUUUGGGUACUGAAGGAAAAGAGAUGCAACAAUCUGAAGCCAUAAGACGUGUUUGGGAGUACAUCAAGCAUCACCAUUUGGAGGACCCUUUAAACGCAAUGGUGAUAUUAUGUGAUGCAAAGCUUCAAGAGCUACUUGGGUGUGAAAGCAUUUCUGCUCUAGGAAUACCAGAGAUGUUAGCGCGCCAUCAUCUAUUUAAACAGCCAGACACCCACCGCAUGAACCGCAGAGAGGCGUAGUUGUAUGUUUCUGGCUGUUGCUAGAUCAUACAGGAACAUUUUACUUAUUCCUGUAACUUCCUUAAUCUGUUUCUUCAUUGACAUAUGUAAACUGAAUGUUGUCUGACAGUUAGUAGGUUCGUUGUUUAGAAUGACAAUGGAUACAUUGAGCUAGGCAAGAAGUAUAUUAUUGUAUUUAAGA